UCUAUCCUUUAAAACCUGCGGAAAUAAGGUCGCACUUUGGGGCUGCUUUUGAAGCAACCUUUGAAUCGGGGCAGCCUUCAUUCGAGCUGCUGUGACGCAAUCAGUAUCAAAAUGCAGACUUCAAAGCACGCAAUAAUUGCUAAUAUGUCUGCCUUUGAGAAUUGCAAAUUGUUAUAAAAGUGUUUAUUCAAUGCCUUUUUUGUAUAUAAAAUUGUUUAUACGCUAUUAACAAUAAUAAAAAAAAAAGAAAAGAAUAAAAGAAUAAAAAAAGAACGCAAUUGGGACAAACCGAGUGAAAUGAAAUUUCUAUGAGAAAAAUAGUGGAAUGCUCCGCCCAAACCAUCUAACAUACGUCAUCUAAGAUGGAUGGUCAUUACAGGACGGAAGUGCAUUUUCAGAUUUUAAGUGAAGAAUAUGAGGGCACACGAAUUUCAAAAAGAGAAUGAUCCACAAUGAUGACCUAUUUACAAUAAACCCUCCAAUAUUUCAUGAAAAAAUAGACAUUGUAUUUUUUAUUUAACUGGAACUUUAAUCAAAGUUUUUCACUGUUUAAAAUGUUUUAUAAGUUAUCUUUCUCUUACGUUUUUUUUAUUUAUUUAGCAACAGAUUGACCUCAGAGAUAAACAAAAUGCGUAACGGAUCACCAGCCCAGCAGGAGGAGCAGUGAGCACACACGUACUACAUUAUCACUCAGGAGAACAUGCAAGGAAUUUUACUUGAAAUGUACCAUUUUUCUUGCAUUCAUUUAACGUUAUAACAUCCAUCAAAACAGAGGAAGUAUCAUGUCGUUGUUGGAGUCUGAGGUCUUCGCUAUUUUGGAGACACUUGUAAAAACCGCUGUUCAUGAAAUGACUAAAGUUUUCUCACGAGGCACAUCUGCAAUGGCAAACACUGCUGUAAACGAGCCUGCAAAUGUCGAGUUUACGCAAAUAUUCACUAAAGAAAAAAGAAAGAAUGCAGCCUUGCGCGUGUACGGAACCCGCUUGAAGUCCCAGAAGUCACUGCGACGUGUCCAUCCAAGUUCGUUCUUCUGAGGCUGCCUCGCAAGACCAUUCUCCACGAGAAGUCCGUUAUUUGCAUUCUUGGAAUUGAGAAACGGCCAAUAUCUGCGCCAGGAAUACAGAUAAAUUGGAAUAUAAGGCUACAGUCCACACAUACGCAAAAAAAUAUUACAAAUUGGUAACAGCUCUUGCUUUCAUAUGUUUCAGACCCACUUGAACUGUGUUUUAGAAGAGCAGGCAAGGGAAGCUGGGGUUAAACUAUGCCAGCUUUUCUCUGCAAUUUUGCAACUUGAAUUGAGUCCCGGUGAGGUGCCACAGGACACCUCAAAACUUGAGAAACAGCAGAAGAGUGUACAGGAAGAUACUCAGAGCCAAAACAGAAAUCGGUCCACUGACCAGCUAAUGUUUGCUACUGAAGAUGAAUAUGCUGUUGUUGUGAACUGGGAACAGGAGAAAAUCAUAGACACUGAUCAAGGGCAAACGCAAAUUGCUGUGCCAUCACAGAAGAAUGAGCAAGACAUCAACUCGUCUGCAAUGCAGGAGGAUGCAGAAAAAUCGAAAAAUACGAAAGUUUCAAAUAACACAAAAGUGCGAGUGAGUGUUCGGAGAAAAGGUCAACAGUUUAACUGUAAACACUGUAAAAGGAAGUUUGACUCGUAUGUGCGAUUGAGAGCUCAUUGGGUUGUCCAUGCAGCCACAGCAGAGAAGCCCUUCUGCUGCUCACAAUGUGAUAAACAUUUCCAAGAUAAACGCAGUUUGGAUGUACACCGUAUGCUUCACAAGGGACCGUAUAUUUGCGAUCAGUGUGACACGACUUUCACAAAAUAUAAAGAGUUCCAAACUCACCAGAAGAUUCACAAGGCAGACAAGUCUUUUACAUGUAAAGAUUGUGGGAAAUCUUUUCAGCAAGCUUACGGUCUCAGGAAGCAUCAAGUCGUCCACUCGGCAGAAAAACAGUACACAUGUGAUGUAUGUGGAAAGAGCUUCGGCCUUCGUAACAAUCUGCGUCGACACCAGAGAAUCCACACAGGCGAGAAGCCGUUCAGCUGUCAGACUUGCGGGCGAAGUUUCAACCAGCUGGAUACGCUGAAGUCGCACAAACUAACUCACACUGGUGAGAAACCGCACAAAUGCAAAACAUGCGGUCAGGGCUUCGUACAGAAGUGGAUGCUCACCUUGCAUGAAGGGCAAACCGGCCACAGCUGUGCUGUGUGUGGCGGGGUGUUUGCUUGCAUAAAUACGCUAAAAACACACUUCCAGGUUCAUGCUGGAAUGUUGCCCGCUCCCUGUAGGGUCUGCGGAAAGACUCUUAACUCCAUCAGCGCCUUGAAAUCUCACCAGCAUACGGACACAGUCAUCUCUAAAUUCAGCUGUACUGUGUGUGGAAAGUCCUUUAAGAGUGCAGGUUAUUUGAAGGUACAUACGAGAAUUCAUACGGGGGAGAAGCCCUUUGGGUGCUCAGUGUGUGGGAAAGCAUUUCGUCAACAGGCUAGCCUUAAAGCUCACCAGAUCUUGCAUACCGGCGAAAGACCUUUUGGUUGUGACGUGUGUGAAAAAGGAUUUUGCACCCUAGGAAAUCUCCGAAGGCACCAGCGGAUACAUACCGGAGAAAAGCCGUUCACCUGUGAGGUGUGUGGAAGAGGUUUUAAUCAGUCUAAUUCUCUCAAAGCUCACAUGCACAUACACACGGGUCAGAAGCCGUACAUGUGCGACAAAUGUGGGAAAAGUUUUUCUUAUUUGAGAAAUAUGAGGAGCCACAAAUGUUUGUAAAUGUACAGUGAAGUUAUAUAUCAGAGGCUGUCACUAACCAUGCUUAUUUGAAUUGUGUUGUGUAAAAAAAUGGCAUCUUUGAGUUUACUUUAAGAAUGUUGAAUAAACUGUAAAGUACUUUUUGGAAAUGCAAAAUAAAGUCUUUACAAUU